AUGGAAAAUGAAAUUUAUACAGGGCUUACACAAAUUGCUAAGAUAUUUACUAACGACCUUACUGGUUUGACUGAUUUAACAUUAGAAGAUGAGCCAACUCAUGUUUAUGAAGAAUAUGCAGGAUAA